AUGAGGCAUGUCACUGUACCAACCACAUUACAUCCUGAAAUAGAUCCAUCCAAUCAAGUCAAUUUAGGGGAGAGGGCUGGUGAUCAGCAACAUGACCAAGUCUAUUCAGGGGAGAGGGCUGGUGAUCAGCAACAUGACCAAGUCUAUUUAGGGGAGAGGGCUGGUGAUCAGCAACAUGACCAAGUCUAUUCAGGGGAGAGGGCUGGUGAUCAGCAACAUGACCAAGUCUAUUCAGGGGAGAGGGCUGGUGAUCAGCAACAUGACCAAGUCAAUUCAGGGGAGAGGGCUGGUGAUCAGCAACAUGACCAAGUCUAUUUAGGGGAGAGGGCUGGUGAUCAGCAACAUGACCAAGUCUAUUCAGGGGAGAGGGCUGGUGAUCAGCAACAUGACCAAGUCUAUUCAGGGGAGAGGGCUGGUGAUCAGCAACAUGACCAAGUCUAUUCAGGGGAGAGGGCUGGUGAUCAGCAACAUAACCAAGUCUAUUCAGGGGAGAGGGCUGGUGAUCAGCAACAUGACCAAGUCUAUUCAGGGGAGAGGGCUGGUGAUCAGCAACAUGACCAAGUCAAUUCAGGGGAGAGGGCUGGUGAUCAGCAACAUGACCAAGUCUAUUCAGGGGAGAGGGCUGGUGAUCAGCAACAUAACCAAGUCUAUUCAGGGGAGAGGGCUGGUGAUCAGCAACAUGACCAAGUCUAA